AUGAAUGGAAGGAAAUUACUAUUCGACGUAAUCGUGUUUUCUACAUCGUUCUACGUGUCUUACAGCUUGAUGUCUUUAUUCAUAGAGAGAUAUCGGGUGAAACGCAUGGACAGCUCCGGUGGUAUUGCAAAAACUUUCUUCGCACUAAUUUUUAGUAAGGUUCACUGUUCAACUUUUGAAGGCAAAGACAAUGGUUUUGGUAAUAAUUAUGUUUGGGCUGGAUCGCUCGAAUCUGGUAUGAGAAUAGCAACCCAUCAUAAGAAACCUGUGAUGGUAAUUAUCCAUAAGUCCUGGUGCUCAGCGUGUAAAAAUUUAAAACCUAAAUUUGCAAAUUCAGCGGAAAUACAAACAUUGAGCAAACAUUUUGUUAUGGUCAAUCUUGUUGAUGAAGACGAACCGAAAAAUACUAACUUCGCCCCAGAUGGAACUUACAUACCUCGG